UUCAGCUUUCCAAAGAGUUGCAGUACGAAGUUCAAAUGACUUGCCUUUAACACUGCUUCAGUUGCAAAAAGAUGUUUGGUUAGAAAUAAGAGGCAUGCAAAAAUCAUCUAUAAUAGCCAAAUUCAGGAAAUUGAACAUGUUUAAUGACAUUGACUUUGAAAAAACAGAAGAAAUGUACAUGGAAGAGAGAAUUGAAAAUAGACAAAGAAAAGCUCAGGUGCACAGAAAAAUGACAAUAAAGCAGAGAGAUGAUAAAAAAACCUAAAAAUUAUGCCUAGCGACCAUACAAGGUCAAUGAUAGUUCAACAUUACAAAGCUGGCGUGGUUGUUCAGGACUCAGAUGAUAAAGAAAAAAAUUGGGAACAAACAGACGAUUCUGUUGAUGACAUACUCAACUUUAUACCUGAUGAAAUUCUUGCAAAUGUUGAUGAGGAGACUUUAAGAGUUGCAGAAUCCUUAUUGAAAGAAAAUAUUGAAAGAGAAUCAGUAAAAGAGCAUGAACAAUUUGGAUCGAUAUGUCAAGACUUCCCUCAUUUGGAUGAUAAUGAACUUUCUAAUGUUUUAUCAAACUUGGAGAUUGAUAAGAUUACAGUGAACAAGGAGCCUGAAUCUGAUGGUAGCCCUGGUCAGCAAGCAGUUCUGACAAGUCAAGACUAUCAGCUUAUGUUAAAUCAUCUCAGAACUGACAAAAGGUCAGGAAAACCAGAAAAAUGGACCCAAAUGGACCUCGAAAAUUUUACAGCAAUCUUCGUUCAGAAAAAGACUGUUGAACAAAGUUUUCAAAAAAUUGAUCUCAGGAUAUGUAUUGAAUGCAUAAUACCACAACUGAAAGAAAAGAACAUUUCCUAUGGACUGUCUUGGUCAAAAUAUAAACUUGUAGCUUUAUUUCAUGGGCUUGCAAAUGGAGAUUUGGACAGUGCAAUGAUGAAAACAAAGAAGACUAGUAAAAAGACAGUCUUGAAGCUACGAGACAUGUGUACUAAUAUCAUCCAGUCAUUCCCAAAACUUAUAUUAUGCAGUAUAUAUGCGGAACAUAUUUGGCCAGAUAGAAAAACAGAAUGGAAAGCAACAAAUAUUUUUGCUGAUAAAACUGUUAUCAAUGGAUUAAAUGAAAACAUCAGCUGGUUCUCAAAACCAGAAGUUAUAACAUUUGAAAACAAGGAACAUGUACUUUUCUGUGUAAUUGAUGCUCAUCAUAAAUUGUGCAGUUUGCGUGUUAAGGUUUGUUCAUAUGGAUUACAAGUUCUAGGUAUACAAAAACAAGCAUGGAUUGAUGCUGCAAGAUCUGAUACAACUCAGUUAAGUCUACCAUUAGUUCUUGACUUGAUUGACAAACAAAACAAUGCUUUUGCCUUAAGAACAUUUGGGGAGGAUGUUGAAAACUUUAUGAAAAGCCAUAACUACGAAAAAGAAGCCAACUUAUGCAAUCUAAUAAGGAAUUGGUACAGAGCAGAGGAUAAAGCAGGAAUUCAAGCACUGGAAAGAGUAAAUUUACGCCUUAACUUGUUAAAUUGGUUGAAAAUAAUAGGCCAGAAGCAACUUGAACACUUUCCACCACCAGGCAAAUACAUAAGUGAUAUUCCUGCAGUACUCUGGGAAGGUCUCAUAAUCACUAUUGAAAGGAAAUUGCAGUUGUAUCCAUUUUGUAGUGGAGGUUCCUACAAUUCACGGGCAACAGGGACACUUGAAGUGGAAAAUUUAUUUCAAAGUUUCCAGGAACUUGAUCCUGCUGGGAAGGGAGUUUUAAAGCCUGACGAUGUUCCAGCUGCCCUAGGAACAGCCAUUGAAGUCGACAACUACAGAUUGAAUCCAGAUAGACCUUUCUUCAUUAGGACAACUGCAUCAUCAGUUUAUCCCAUACAUCCUCUAGAUAUGGAUAACCAGGAAAAUAUUGUGAAAGGCUGGAAACCACCAUUUCCAAAUGGAAUUGACGCUAUCACACCUUUAGACCACUUUAUAUUUGACAAUUCAGACCGAAAAAAGAGCAAGCCUAAACGGAAAAAGGGGGAUGUCAGCAUUCAUCAGGCUCCAUCGAGGGGAGAAUCAGGUGUUCGAAAAUACCAUCGUAGAGAUGAAAGUUUAAUUUUACCACAUUUGAGACAUGGUUUUAUGGAUAUUCCCGAUGUGUGAUAAACUUUUUCAUAAAUGAAAACAAUGAAUGGAAUAUUAAUGCUUUUUUAAUACUAAAUAAUUUU